AUGAAUAGGUAAAUUAAACAUUAACUUUAAAUUCAAUUAUAAUCAAAUUAAGAUCAUUAAUAAUAAUUCAUCAAAUCAUAAUUAUCAUAAGUAUAAUAGCCAUCAGAAUAAUAAAUUAAAUCUUAAUCUAACAUUAAAUCAUUUAACUAUUAGAUAAUUAAUCAUAAUUCUAUUUAAUAACAAGAAUAUUGUAAUGUAGUUGCUUUUAAUAAAGAUGGCUCAAUUUUAGCAGCUGGAUGUGACAAUUUAAUAAAUUUAUAUGAAUUCAGACAAGGAAUGUUGAAAUACAACCAAACCUUAAAUGAUCAUUAAGAUACAGUGAGCACUUUAUAUUUUAUGAGACAAUCCAAUUAGAUUAUAUCUGGAGAUUAAAAUGGAUAUAUUUUGAUUUGGUAGAAUAAUAAUAAUUUUUAAUGGAGUUGUUCAUAAGCACUUAAAGAACAUAAAAAUAGUAUAAAUUGUUUAAUUAUGAAUAAUUAUGAAGAUAUUAUAAUAUCUAGUAGUGAUGAUUAUACAAUUAAAUUUUGGAUUUUAGAAAAUGAAUGGAUAUGUUCAUAAACUAUCACAGAUCAUAAACAUUGCGUUUAUUAAUUAAAUAUGAAUGAAUAAUAAAAUAAAGUUAUUUCAUGUGGGUGGGAUCAAUUAAUAUUAAUAAUAGAAUAUUCAGAAUAUAAUAAAAAGUGGAUGGUUAUAUAAAAAAUUAAAGUUGAUUGUUAAGGAUUACGACUAUGUUUUAUAAAUGAUAAUCUUUUCACAUUUCAACCAAAGAAAGGCAAUUUGAUGCAUGUCUAUGAAAUGAAUAGUGUAAAUAAAUAAUUUACUAAAACCAAAAAUAUUAAUGUAAAUCAAGGUGAUGAUGGUUAUGUACUGUUCCCAUAAUAAUAUAUAAAAUCAAAAUAGUUACUUGUUAGUAAACAUUAUUAGAAUGUCAAUUUAAUAAGAUAGCUAGAAAAUGAUGAAUUUAAAGUUGAAUAAUCAAUUCAAUUUGGUAGUUAUGGAUUAUUUGGUUAAAUGAGUAAUGAUGGAGAAUAUUUGAUUACUUGGGAUUAUUCAUCAAAAGAAAUAUAAAUUAGGAAAUAAACAGAAGAAUGA